AUGGUCUCGCCGUCAAAGCUCAAGGCCCGGGGCCUGGCGCGGAUUUCCUUUGCGCCGGGAUCCAAGGACAAGGAUACCGACAGCACCGCCGGGUCCCCGCGCCAGGCCAACUUUCGCGCUCGCACCCCCAUGCCCGCAGGCGAUACCACACACGCCGCAUCUGGCUCAAUCUCGUCUCCGGCCACCGGUCCCAGCGCGCCGAACGCGCCCGGCCAGCUGGGCGCGCACACGCGGCCCGUGUCUGCUCCCAACUCGGACCACGACAACGGACCCACCCCAGCGAGCCCUCGUACCAUGCGCACGGCGCAGGCCACUGGCGACGGUCAUGCCAGCGCUGUGCCCCACACGGACGAGGCGCAGUGGGAGGCGCAGCGGCGCAAGGUCGAGGAGGCGUGGGCCGGGGCAGACGUCGUCGGUGAAGACGUGGGCGCGGCGUCGGGGCCUCCGUCGCCGUAUCGUCGUACAUCCAUGUCUGAGUCACGCGAGCGCAACAACACCUUGACCUCGAUGGGCGGCUCUGUGUCUGCUGUCUCCGAACCGGAGCGCGAGCUUGAGCACUGCAAUCUCGGCCACCAUGCGAGCGGAAACGGCACGGGCGGGAGUUGA